AUGUCCAGACUUUCCAAUGCAGCAUUGACAGCUGCCCUUUUAGAGAUCAAGCCACUGACGUGGCAUCUGUGCGCUGAAAACGAGAGGCGCGUGAGGAGUGCACCUGCUUGUGGCCUGCUGGAAACCCCAGCAGGUUUGAGCCCAAAGAGCUCGGAGGCUGCGCAUAUGGAUGUGAGAAGAAGGCUGGCAACGAGAGAAGAGUUGCUAGCUGGAGAAGAACAGAUGAAAAGAGCGCAGGAAAGGUUAGCAGUGGAAGCACUAGAGAGAGGUGAACAGGCGAUAGAAGAUGUUCAACAUGCGAGCCAGGAAAAGGAGGUUCAGAAUGGAGGUCAAGUUGUAGGAGUUCCAAAAGAGGAAGUUACAGCUAGGUCCACAACACCUCACUUAGAGCAUGCUGCACGUCCUAGGUCCCUUCCACUGUCAGUGCCACCGCCAAGUCAGCCACCUGCAGUUUCUCCUGAGGAUCUUUUAGGAUCAACCUUCAGGACUCCGCAGACCAAACCUGAGGCCAAGGGGCCAACAAUGCAAGGAGCCUUGGAGGACAGCCAACUAAGGAACCAGUCGGUUGCGACGGGUCAGAGGAGUUUGGAGCAGGGUUCAGAAGUGGGGUUUCAAGGGCCUAGGGGGAGUGAAGAUCCUGGUGGUCCUGGAAGUUUGACGGCCACCCCACAAGUGUCUUUGUUGCCGCUGUUCACUGAUGAGCAGUUGCGGCAAUCUGCAUUCAUGCCACCUGGGUCCAUGCUUUCAGGGUUGACACCCCAACUCUAUCGUCCAACCUUUUUGCAGCAAGAAGAAGAAAGAAUGAGAAGUUUGGGAGUUUUGCAAUCGUUUGGAUACUCCACCAUGAAUUUCGGAGAUCAAUCAGCAAGGGAAGAUUUGAGACAACUUGUUGAUGAAGUCAUGGUAGAGAAUAGGAGGCUGAGGCAGAGGUUGUAUCAAGUAGAAUCGAAGUUGCAAGAAGGGGAUGUGCGGUUUUCCACUCCAGAAAGUCAGAAGGAGGCCGCAGACCCCCAAAGACAGGAGGCUGGAGGUCCCCGAAGAGAGGAGGCCGCAGACCCCCAAAGACAGGAGGCUGGAGGUCCCCGAAGAGAGGAGGCCGCAGACCCCCAAAGUCAGGAGGCUGGAAGUUUCAGAGAAAAGGAGGCUGAAGACCCCCCUAAAGAAAGAAGUCCGAAGUCAGGUGAAGACUCACCUCAGCAGCCCAACGCAGCUUUCACAGAGAAAUCUAUUGAGUUCAUGAAGCUGAUGAUGGACUCGAUGCGGGAGAUGCAGAAGCGCAUGACGGAGUCAAAGGAGGAAAGUGGAAUGAUCAGAGGAGUGGAGGUCAUCAGGUCGGGCUCACCCGAUUUGCCGGCCUUGUCACCUUGGGAGCCACAGCAUGGGCCCUUGAUCUUGGGUGAUUGGAUGUUGUUGGCGGAGCCAAUAAUCUCAGACCUGUCCAUGUCGGCCAGUGAGUGGUGGAAAACCGUGGUUAGACUGGCAGAGGAAUGGUACAAGGUUCACAUGACUCUCAAUCCAAUCGAGCGCAUCCAACAUCCUGCGACGGUCCCAGUUGAGGUCUCACAGGACAAGUGGCAACGGGUGGAGCGCAGGGUGUCAUCGAUGAUGCUGCAAGCGGUGCCGCCACCAGUUCGAGAUGAACUGGUCUCAGCUCGAAGGAUGUCGACUUUCGGCAUUCUGACACACCUCAUGGUCACAUACAGUCCUGGAGGAGUUACAGAGAAGCAGAGCAUCCUGAGGAGUCUUGAAGAUCCACCAGAGAUUCAGAAGAUCAGCGAAGGUCCAACAGCUCUUCGAAGGUGGUUGCGGUGGAGAGCUCGGGCCCGUGAAAUCGGGGCAGUGGCACCCGACCCGGCGUUAUCUGGCUUGGGAGUUGAUACCACGCCGACAGAGGUCAAUGUGGAACAACUGGCCAAUCACCUUUUGGCUGAACUGGACCAACUGUCCAUGACGGACAAACGACCUGGUCAAGGAUCUGCAGCUCCUCAAGGAGAACAACCAAAGAUCAAGUCUCUGGAGUUGGAGAAGGCUGACAAAGGGAAAGGAAAAGGGAAAGAGAAGACAGGAGAAGAAGAAAAAGGGAAGAUGAAGUGUCGUUUUUACAACUCUGAGGGUGGGUGCAAAAAGGGGAAGGAGUGCGAAUGGUUGCAUGAGUCUCGAGAUGACAAGCGCCGAUGCUGGACCUGCGGCGCUGUCGACCACAUGUCGCCGGCGUGCUCAAGGCCGAAAGGAAGUGGAGGAGGCUCCCCUCAGAACUACAACAAGCAGAAGUUGAUGAAGUCAGAAGCUGAGGAGAAGUCAGGAGGGCAGAAGGAGAGCUCCGACACUCAGUCAGUUUCAUCGGAAGGCUCAAUCAAAGAGCUCUUGGAAGAGGCAGGCAAGAUGCUCAAGUCGGUCACUGGUGAGGGAUCGGCGAUGUCCUCAAAUUCGACAUCAGGAGGUGGGGACCAACGUAAAGACCUCAUGGAUCGUCUUCAACAACAAUUGAAGGCGUUGAGAACCUUCAAACUGCAACAGUUGAGCUAUGGGGAGCAUGUAGGGUUGGUCGAUAGUGGGGCGACCAAUGCACUUCGUCCCAUUCGUCAAGGUGAAGAUUGCUCCACCUACCCUGAAGUUGAUGUUUCAUUGGCCAAUGGGAAGUCUGUGAAAUUGAAGAUGAGCCCUGGAGGAUCAAUGUUGGCUCCUGACAUGGAGACAGAACCCAUUGUACCGAUGGGACAGUUGGCUGAAGUUUUGCACUGCGACAUCCAAUGGAAAGGCGGCUCCAUCACCAUCAUUCACCCUGAAAAGGGAGUGCUUCCCAUCGAGAUGAGGGGGAAGUUGUCCACAUGUUUCAAAGAAGGAGAUUGGGCCGAUUUGCCUUCCAACCAGAGACUGAGGAGACUUUGGAAACAAGAAGGUUUGGUGGCUCAUUUGUAUGCCGGAGCUGACUCAGGGUUUACUUUGAAGAGGGCAUGGAAACAGCUAGGAGGUAGAGAAGAUGUGUUGCUGGAGUUGGAUGUCGUAAGAGGAAAGGAUCACAACAUGCUGCUGAAUAAGGGAGCCUAUAGUGGCCUUCUUCGAUGUGCAUUGGAGGGGAAACUGAAGGGAGUUGUUGGCGGUCCGAACUGCCGAACCAGAAGUCUCCUACGUCACAUCCCUAUCCCUGGUGCAACUGAUGCUCCGCGACCAACUCGAGGGUGGUUUGGAGAAGAGUAUGGCAUCAAUGAUGCAACGUCUGAGGAGCUGGAAAAGAUCAAGGCCAACAGGAUGAAGAGAAGUGGAGGAGUCAUUCGAAGCUCGAAGGAGCUUUCAAGAUGGGCUCCUGGGCUGAUGACUAUGAUCUCACAAGCUCUCUUGAAGGAGGUCUUCCAACAAGACCCUCGUCUUUGUGCACUCAGUUGGGAAGAACAUUUACGAAUGAACCAUGUUCCAUAUCGACGCGACUGCCUUGUUUGUCAGCAGACUUCCCAAGCAGCACCACAUCGCCGAGUUCGGCAUCCAAGAGGAGGAACUUUGUCUUUGGACACAACAGGUCCACUUGCGAAGGCCAAAGAUGCUGAAGGUUCAACCGCAAGAUAUAUCCUGGUCGGGGCCUUGACAUGGGCAGUCCCGGCAGGGAUUCCAAGGCUGAAGGAUGCUCAGAUUGAGGAUGACUUUGAGGUCCCUGAAGAAGCACCAAAGAUUGAGGAGGAAGAAGAAGUAGAGGAAGCAGCUGGACCGGUCCGUGUUGAAGGGGGGUCGGCAGAGAAGGGGCUGGCCCAAGCACUUCCACGUGAGCGUUUCCACGAGGGAGACCAGCCUGAGGAGACAGGCGAUACCUCGUGUGAUCCGCGUCCAGCUGAAGAAAGAAAAGAGGAGGAACCCGAAGAAUUCAUCACCAAGGUGUUUCGAGUUGCUCUCCCGAUGUCAUCCAAAAGGUCUGAAGAGGUGACAAGAACUGCUAUGGAGAUACUUCUUCGCUUGAGAGCGGAUGGGUACUAUGUCAACAGGAUCCACGUGGACAAAGGCCACGAGUUUGCUGGCCACUUCAUGAAAUGGAUCCACACUCGGGGCAUUGAACUGAGUCGGACCCCUGGUGAUGAUCCCCAGGGAAAUGGCCGAGCUGAGCUGACGGUCAAGUCCAUCAAAGCGCAGAUCAGACGCACUUUGCUUCAAGGAGGGGCAACUGAGGAAAUGUGGCCUUGGGCAUUGCGAUAUGUCAACGAGGUCAAUCGAUGCUGGCGCCAGGGAAUUGAUCCUACAUGGCCGCCGUUCAUGAAACAGGUCCUGGUGAGAAGGAGGAGAUGGAAAAGAGGGAGUUUUGAUCCCACAAUGGAAACGGUGCGGUAUUUGACACCUGCACCGGAGUCCCAUGGACAUUGGAUAGUAGGAGAAGAUGAGAAGCCGAGGCUGACGAGAUCAGUCAUGAAGAAGGCGGAGCUUCCACCAGAUGAAGCACAAUGGCUGGCGAUCGAGCAGGAGACAGUUGAUGCUUUGAUGAAAAGACGGAGGAUUCGUCAAAAGUCAACUAUCAGAAGCUUUCAGAAGGAUGAAGGCGCGGACUGCGAGAGGCAAAAGAUACAGCGAGGUGUAGAGAAGUUGAUUGCAGAAGAGAUGCCAAGAAUGGUGGAUGAUCACCCAGACUUGGUAGCGCAAGAGAUGAAGAUUCUUCAAACUUUGAAGAAAAUGGCAGAAGUGAAGGAGGAAGAAGAAGAAGUUUUGCAGACUCGGGUGAUUUCACCGAAGGAGGUGGCCCGAGAUUGGGAACAGUGGUUGCCAGCAGUGCGUGAGGAGGUGAAUUCCUUGCUGACUGAGAAAGAAGCGAUUCAGGAGAUCAGCAAGACAGAGGUCGAGGCUUUGAUACGAGAAGCUCAUGCCAGUGGAAAGAAGGUGGAGAUUCUUCCAUCAAAACUAGUUUGCACCGUCAAACCAGGACCAAAUGGUGGACGCCGAAAAGUCCGCUGGGUCAUCUGCGGAAACUUUGAGGAGAAGAAGGCUGAAGACACCUUCAGCAGCGGUGCAGAUGCCGCAGCGUUUCGCAUUUUGGUCACAGCAGCUAGUUUUUUCCAGUGGGUUGGAGGCACAAGUGAUGUGAAGACUGCAUUUUUGAAUGCAGAUAUGAAGAUGUCAAGCCCCGAUGAGGUCUUGCUUAUUCGACCUCCACCUAUCACUUUGGAGAAGAAGUACUUCACCCCUGGCACCUGUUAUCUUCCUUUGAAGGAACCGCCCAAGGAAGAAGGAGUGACAUCUCCUUUGAGAGGACUUCUCAUGACAUAUGUUGAUGAUAUCUUUGUAGCAGCAGAAGAGGAGGUGUCGUCAGCAGUCAUUGAGGCCAUUCGUCAAAAGUGGAAGACCAGCGAACCAGAUGUCGUUGGAGAGAAGCCCAUCAGAUUUUUGGGCAUGGAAGUGACCAAGGUGAAGAAUCAGGAGACAGGCCGCGAGGAAUGGUAUGUCACCCAAGAAUCGUUCAUCAAAGAUCUCCUUCAGAAAGACCCAGAGGAGAACAAGAAAAGAAAAAUCCCCAUCACACGGGAUCAAAGUCUGAUGCCAGCGGAGUUGGAGGAGAAUAGAACACCAGAAGGCAUCAGAGAGGCACAGAAAGCAGUCGGAGAAAUGUUGUGGCUGGUAACCAGGUCAAGACCAGACCUCAUGUUUUCCACUGCUCGUAUUGGGGCCAAUGCCACCAAACAUCCGUCACAAGUCAUGGCCAUAUACCAGCAGCUCAAGGGGUAUCUCAAGGCCACUGAGGAUGAAGGUUUGGUUUUUUCCACUGAUGGCCAAGGACCCAUCAUGAUUGAGGCGCUGGCAGACGCUUCAUUUUCACCAGAUGGAGAAGAGAGCCACGGAGCUUUCCUCAUUCAAGUAGGAGGCUGUCCUAUUUUUUGGAGGGUUGAAGAUCCCGAACUGGUCCGUGUUGAAGAGGGGUCGGCAGAGAAGGGGCUGGCCCAAGCGCUUCCACGUGAGCGUCUCCACGAGGGAGUCCAGCCUGAAGGAGCAGGCGAUACCUCGUGUGACCAAGGUUCAGGGGUCAAGGGAAGGGUGUCGGUUGAUUUGGCUGACACAGAGAAAGUGAGAAGAGCGAUUCAGAUCAUCACCUUGGCAGCGAUUGCGUCAGGAGCCAAGGGUCAAGACGAAGAAGAAGAGGAGAAUUUCCAAGAAUUUCAUCAACUGAUGGUCAUUUUUGCUCUUUUGGUGGUCUUGAUCACCAUUCUUUGUCAGCAGCUGUGGAAGAUUGGUUUUGGGCCAAAUCGGGGGCGUAUGCAGACUGCAACACCCGUGGAGAGCUCAGCUACCAAAUCAAACGAAUCAAGCUCCGCUGCCAAAACGCUAGAAGGAAAAGAAAAGAAAAGCUCCGCAACCAAUACCGAUCGAAGCUCAGAAGUGAGAACUCCAGUCGCUGUUGCGUCUGGUGCAUCAUCAAGUCAAGAUCCUAUUACGCCUGAUGUCCAUGGUCGAGUCUCGUCGGCUGGAGGAGAGCUGGUGAGCACACUCCCAUGUGAGCCGACGCUCCGCUGCGGUAUGUUUCAGCGUGAUCCAUCAGGUGGGGGUGAAGAAAGUUCUGAGAGUGAAUCAUCAUCGACGGAAGACAGUCUUGCCGACAGAAUUGUGUCGGAAAUUCAUCAAAUUGAACGAGAAGAAGGAGAAUUGUGGAGAGAAAUAAGGGGUCGGGCAGACCUCAGCAGGAGUGCUCUUCCAGAAGGGACAGAUCCAUCCUUUCAACUGCCUUUUCGUAUCUUCACCACGCGAUAUGGUGUGGUUUACCAUGCGUUGAUGAACUGCAACUACGUGCGGGCACCACAGACUGGACCAAUCCGUGAGUCUGAGUGGUGCCAUUUGUGUCGAGAAGUUGCUGAGAAAACGCGUGGAAGACCACCCCCAGGUGUUGAGAUCAUGUUGGCUGGUUGGGGAGGUCCUGCUCACACAAGUGAUCAAUGUCCGUUCAGCACUGGAAGCUCAGUUUUCAAAAUGUGCACGAUGUGCGACAGACUUCUGAGAGAAGGUGUGAAGUUUGAAGGCAAGCGUGGUUCCACGCAAGAGGGCCAUCUGGCGCAGCACAAGUCUUCAACAGCAUGGCAUCAAGCAACUUGGCCCACGCGCACUGCCGACUUCAGUCCACUCUUGAGCGGCAAAAAAAAUCAGCCUUGUAUUCGGCACAAUUCUCACCUGGGAAGCGACCACCUUUCCAAAGCAGUCUUGUUCAGACUCACAACAACAUUGAAAUUGAUUGAUCCCGACACCAUAUCAGCCCGAAAGGCUAUAGCAAAGCUCACCCACCACGAUGCCCGCAACACCUUGGCGCGGACGCAACAUGGCUGA